CCUUCCUGAAGACAAGGCAAAGGGAGAACAGUCAUCUGUUGACUACAGCUGGACUAGAUCAGCGCUGAGCUCCUAAAGCAGCACUAUGGGCGUCUCUAUACUGGGAUACUACGGGCAAGAAUUCAAUUUGGGCAAUGGCAGCACUUUAGACAAUGCCCCCAGUGAGGUCCCCUCUCUGUUCCUCACUGUCUCCCCUAAUAACAGCAGCAGCAGCUUCCUCACCAAGUCUGUGAACAGCUCAGACCUCCUGACCAGGGAUGAGGAGCUGGCUAAGAUAGAGAUAGCUGUGCUUGCUGUCAUCUUUGUGGCUGCUGUCUUGGGCAAUUGCAGCGUCUUGCUGGGGCUCUACAAGUCCAAGAAGAAAAUGUCCAGGAUGCAUUUGUUCAUAAAGCACCUGAGCCUGGCUGAUCUGGUGGUGGCUUUUUUCCAGGUGCUUCCACAGCUCUGCUGGAAGAUCACUUACCGCUUCUAUGGUCCAGACUUUUUGUGCCGGAUAAUAAAGCAUCUCCAAGUGUUUGGGAUGUUUGCCUCAGCCUACAUGCUCGUUGUAAUGACUGCUGAUCGCUAUAUAGCUAUUUGUCAUCCUCUGAAGACUCUCCACCAGCCUACAAAGAGGUCCUACCUGAUGAUCGGCAGUGCCUGGACCAUCAGUUUCAUCCUUAGCACACCUCAGUAUGGGAUCUUCCACCUGAAGGACCUAGGGGACGGGGUGUAUGACUGCUGGGCUGACUUCAUCAGCAGCAAAGGAAUAAAGGCUUAUAUCACAUGGAUUACUAUAAGUAUCUUCGUGGUGCCCGUCAUCAUCCUGCUGACCUGCUAUGGUUUUAUUUGCUACAAUAUCUGGAGGAACAUUAAGUGCAAGACCAAGAAAGAUGAGUCCAUUGGCAAGAGGAGCAAUGGAUUACUUUCCACGUCUGUCAGCAGCGUGAAGACCAUCUCUAGAGCCAAGAUCAGGACAGUGAAGAUGACUUUCGUGAUUGUUACAGCCUAUAUCAUCUGCUGGACCCCAUACUUCACCAUCCAGAUGUGGUCAGUCUUUGCGGAUAACACCAACUGGAUAGAGAAUGAAAACACUGCAGUGGCCGUGUCCGCCUUGUUAGCAAGCCUGAACAGCUGCUGCAAUCCUUGGAUAUACAUGUUUUUCAGUGGACACCUACUUCAAGAUUUCGUCUUCAGUGUUCUUUGCUGCAACAGGUUCAAGCACACCCUGAACAAAGAGGAUUCUGACAGCAGUACAAGGAGACAGACUUCUUUUACCAGGGUCCAAACAAGAAGUCCAACCCACAGUACUGACACCUGGAAAGAGUCUCCCAAAUCAUCCCGAUCCAUUAAAUUCCUGCCCUUGCAAACCUGAAAACGGCAGCUGCCUUCAAUGUACAGUUAGCCUCAAAGCUCUUGACUCAAUACACUUUAAAGGUGUAUGUUGUAAAUAUGCAGCACAUGGUGAACAACAUGAAUAUCAACAAGAAAACAGUAUAUUUUAAGUAAUAUCUAGUAUAAUGUAUAAUGUGCUGUGGCUAAGAUUAUGUGUGCACACCUCAAAUAAGCAUGCUAUGUGUUCAGCAGCUAUACAUUCAGAAACCAAACACAGCUACGUUUCAAUGUUACUACACUGUACAUAAACAAUGAUGUGAGAAGUAAGUAACGUCAUAGUAUAGUAAUAUGUUGUAUACUAGGAAUGCACAGAGUUCUUUAUAUUGCACAUACU